AUAAAAUUUAGAAGUUAUUCGUCGCAAGUGGUAAACGGUUGUGUAUCUUGAAUUCCCUCUGAAAAUUCCAAUAUGCGGAAGUUUCUCAGAUUAUUCACUGUUGUCCUUGUAAUUGUGCAAAUAUGGACAGUCAGCACACAACCAACUGAUGGCAACAACAAGUUACUUAACAAAUCUGAAAACAAAGAAAAUUCCCUAUCAGUAAUAUUAAGUGAAAUACAAAAAAUCCAGUUGAAUACCGCUAACAUUGAAUUGAAAUUAAAGGAAAGUGAAGAGAUUAUCGCUAAGCAAAAUGCUGAGUUGGAAAAUAAAUUGAGACUCUUGAAUACUGAAAUAGAUGAACUUUUAAAGACUAAAGAACAAGUUGCCGAUUAUAAAGAUCAAGUAACGAAGUUGCAAUCAACAAUCAAUAUAAAAAAUGAAGAAAUAUCAAAGUUGAAGUCGGAAAAGGAAGAGGAUUAUCUAGAAAUUACUAUGUUGAAGUCUGCAGCUGAGAAGCAAAAUAGCGAAAUAGAAAUGCUGAAAAAUGAACAAAAGGAAAACCAAGAGCAAAUGGUGAGGAAAUCGUUCAUAGAAAUGGAAUUAGAACGCUGUAAAUAUGACACUAUGGAUAGCCAACAUAAACUUGCCGACUUGGAAAAAACCCUAAGCACACUACAAACCGAGUUGAAAUACUGCAAUUCUUGGAAAGAGUUCUUUAAGAAUAAACUCAGUUCUAAAGAUGAUGAGUUAAACGAUUGCUUUAUAAAGCGUCAACAAAUAUCCGGAUCAUCAAUUCCUUCCAAAAUUCUUCCCACCUCAUGCUUAAACCUGACUUCUGGUAUUCAAGAGAUUCAACUGCCAAAUGGAAAUCCAUAUUAUGUGCUAUGCGGUUCGGAUGGUUGGAUGAUUAUUCAGCGACGAAUCGAUGGAAGUGGAGACUUCAAUAAGAAUUUGCAGAUAUAUGUGGAUGGUAUUGGAGACAUUAAUGGGGAAUUUUUCAUGGGGUUGGAAAAUCUGCAUCUAAUUACCAAUGCAACGCGUCACAAGUUGAAAGUUUUUAUAGAAAAAAAAGAAGAAGAAAAAGAAGUAAUUUUUGAAUAUGAUGACUUUAGGAUUGGAAAUUCAGAAUCUCUAUAUGAAUUGGAAUCAAUCGGAAAUUUCACGGGAGAGUCAGAUUUAAAUGCCUUAGAAAAUCAUGUAAAAAUGCCUUUUUCAAUAACCGAUGUAAAUUCUAAUAAUUGGGAAACCAUGAACGCAGGCUGGUGGUUUUCGGAUUAUAAUCAAUGGUUAGUGAAGUUUCUCUGUAAAUGAAUAUGAAUAAUUUAAUCUGAUAAUCUUACAGUGACCUAAAUGCGCCCUAUGAUGUUAUAUACUGGCAAUGGCUUAAAAUACAACGUGUAACAAUGGAAAUUCGCCCCUACACUAAUGGAUAUUAAAGAUCCUCUACUUAUUAUAUUAUUCAAUUAAAAAUCAGA